AUGGGUUGUUUCUAACCUAAAGGUAUAAAUAAAAUUGUUGCUAUGCAAACAACAAACAGAGCUUACAUCUUUACAUCAACUGCAGACAUACAUAAAAUAUUUUCUUUCGGGAAAGUGCUAGGAAUUGGAGCCUUCGGUAAAGUUCUCUCAGCUAAAAGGCGAAAUAAUUCAGAGAAAUAGUACGCCAUAAAAAUGAUUGACAAGAGAAAAGUUAAGGGAAGGGAAACCAUGCUAGCUAAUGAAAUAUAUAUAUUAUAGAAGUUAGAUCACCCGAAUAUUAUAAAAUUCCAUGAAGUAUAUUAAAGUGAACUAUACUUCUACAUUUGUAUGGAUAAAUGUGCUGGAGCAGAACUUAUGGAGAGCGUACCCAAAAAUUAAAAAUCAUACACAGAGGGCUAGGCGAGAGAUAUCAUGGUUAAAAUCAUUUCCGCCAUAGCUUACAUUCAUGAACAAGGAAUUAUACAUCGAGAUAUUAAACCAGAAAAUAUUAUGUUCACCGAUCGAGACAUCAGAUCGGAGCCUAAACUUAUUGACUUUGGGCUUUCAGUGAAAUACGAUGCUUUCAGCUACAAUAAACUCAAGGCUGGAGUAGGAACACCUGUCUAUUUAGCACCGGAAGUAAUCGAAGGAACUUAUAGUGAAAAAUGUGAUGUUUGGAGUCUCGGUGUUUUAUUGUUUAGUAUGCUUGUGGGCUAUCCUCCUUUCUAUGGGAAAAAUCGAUAAGACCUUUAUGAAAAUAUACAAUAUCAAAAUUUGAUAUUUGAUAGAAGACAUUGGAGAAACACAAGUGACGAAGCAAAAGACCUUCUGAAGAGAAUGCUUAACAAAAAUUAGCAUCUAAGAUAUUCUGCCAAGGAAUGCCUUAAGCACCCAUGGUUUCAACUGUUAUUUAAGGAUGGAGUUUGUAGACCUCCAAGAAGGAGUACUGGAUUUUCAGGGUCGCAAACUGAAGACGAUUAAAGAACAUUGUAUCAAAUGCUAAAGACUUACCGAAUUUGUGCUAAAUUUAAGAAGGAAGUGAUGAAAGUGCUGGUCAAUCAGAUGAAUGAAAAGGAUUUAGGAAGGUUACAAUAAAUAUUUAAAAAUAUUGACGUUGAUAAUUCUGGUACAAUAACAGUUUAAGAACUACAUCAAGCACUUUAGCAAGAGGGUUCCUUAGCAACAGUUGAAGAGAUUGAAUAAAUUAUGGAAAACAUUGGGUAUGACUUUGAUGAAUUAGAGGAUUUAUCAAUAUCUCAUUCUCACAAAUCCACAACAAAACCUUUAAUAAUUAAAUACAGUGAUUUCUUAACUGCCUGUAUUGAUGAGAGACGUGUUUUUACAAGAGAGAAAUUGUGGUCAAUUUUCAAAUAUUUUGAUACCUAGAAUGAAAAUUAUUUAUCAAGAGAAGCCAUUAGAGAAUCAUUUGCAAGGCAUGGACGCUCGCUUUCCCUUGAGAAAAUCAAUUAAAUGAUAGCUGAAAUAGAUCCUAAUAAUUAGAGUAAAAUUGGAUUUGAAGCAUUUUGUUAGAUGAUGGGUGUUGCUGGAAUCUAAGAAACUCUAGAAUUUAAAGAUGAAACAAAAGAUCCUUAAUCUGUUGCACCUUCUAUAAUUUUAUGA